AUGCUUAGCAUUUUGCACUCAUUACAUUGGCUUUCUUAUCGGUUGAAACCCACAGCAACAAAUCCGGGAGCAUUAACGCCUACUCAAGCGGGUGAGAAAAACGAAAACUUGAAAAAUGGAGUCGUGACGAAUGGAUCGAAUCAUUUGGAGGGGCUGGCCGGUCGAGCACCACAUUUGCUCCACCCAGCUAUCGAUUAUCCGGGUAUAACGAGUUAUGUCGAAGCAAACAGCUCUUUCAACUUGACCGACAUCUUUCCUACUGUUUUAUUCAUGUUCGUCGUUCUAUUUUGUCGUUGGUUCAAUGGAUUCGGACCACGUCAAGAUCGGUUUCAAAGACUAGAGGAUGAAGCUGCUUGGAGACGCCGACGGUUUCGUGUGCAAUCAGAAGAAUCGGAAGAGCUGAAAGAUCAUGAAACUUACUCUGAAACGGAUAUUUGCACUCAGCUUAUGGCAUCAUCAGCAGACGUCGCAUGCAAUAUCAACGUAGAUCUUGUCGACCAGAAUCGGUUUUAUUUCUUUGUAAAGCAAAGAAGUGAGAACGAUAAAAUUGAAACUGCGGUAUCCUCUUUUGAAGAAACAAGUACGAGUACACAAAAUGAAGAGACCGAAGUUAAUUUGGUGUUCGCUAGUGCGGAAGACAACGGAGACGUUUUGUCGACUUUCAAAAUAUCGGACACUCCUCUAAUGGUCACUUCUGAAGUUUGUGAAGGCAAGAAACCUCUCGAAUCCCAAGACCAGUCCUCACGGUCGAUAAGUGUAGUUGUGAAUGGGAGUGACGACGAGGAAUCAUUGCGUUCUCAAGACGGCUCGAGGUGUUCGGAUGAAGCAAUGAACUCGUGUGUUUCGGCUUCGGCUUCGGACGAAGAAGACGUGGAAUCACAAGAUGACUCGUUCCAUGUCAAUGAUGCCACUGAAGAUUCUGUCGAUUCGGUGAGUUCUAUCGAAUCACAAGAAGAAGCCCCAAUCGAAGAUCUGGCAUCUUGUCAUUCAGAAGGUGAUGAGAAUGAAAAAGAAGUAACCGUUGAUGAAGAUGCGUCCAAAUACGAUAACCUUCCGGUGGAAAUGCGGUCAGCAAAAGAGGGAGAAGAGAGCGAAGGAACGAUUGAUUCGUCAGUCUCCUCGUCGACAUCGUCUACUUCUACUGGCGACGUCGAGGACGGCAGUGCUACUUCUUACGACUCAGACGAUAUCGAAAUUCAAAUGUUCGAGAAUGAAGUGAAUGCUAAUGAAGAACGUAUGGAUGAUCUUAGUGUGAGUCCUGGUCGAAGUGAUUCCCCAGGUGGAGGUGGCGGUCAUUCAGAUUCUUUCCAAGAUCCAUUGGAUCCCGGAGAGCAACUUGGUUCAGAUGACGAAGAGCAAGAAGAUCCGCGUGAUUACAAACGAGGUGGUUACCAUCCAGUCAACAUUGGAGAUGUAUUUAACGCAAGAUAUCAUGUGAUUCGCAAGCUUGGAUGGGGUCAUUUUUCCACAGUUUGGUUAGCUUGGGAUACUCAGGAAAAACGAUUCACCGCUAUGAAAAUUGUGAAAUCAGCUGAGCAUUACACGGAAGCCGCUCUCGACGAAAUCAAGCUGCUUCUUUGUGUUCGAGGUGCUGAUCCUACUGAUACUGGAUGCCAUAAAGUUGUUCAACUUCUCGACGAAUUCACUGUUACUGGAAUCAAUGGACAACACGUUGCAAUGGUUUUCGAAGUUCUUGGAUGCAAUCUUUUGAAGCUGAUUAUACGGUCGAAUUACCGCGGACUUCAUCUCGAACAAGUUAGGAAAAUUUGCAAGCAAAUUCUGGAAGCAUUGAGAUACAUGCAUGAGCAGUGUAAAAUAAUUCACACUGAUAUCAAACCAGAAAACGUGUUAAUUACUAUGAGUCGGGAAGAGAUAAAGAUUAUGGCUCAGCACGCCGUGGUGGCCCGGAAGAUGAACAUGAAAAUGAGUGGAUCAGCUGUCAGUACUGCGCCGGAUCAUAUGGUAAAGAUGGCGCAAGAAAACAUGACGAAAAACAAAAAGAAGAAGCUUAAAAAGAAGGCUAAAAAGCAACGUGAAAAGCUGGAAGCUGAAUUGGCUGGACUUGAGGGUCUUAAAAUGGAUGCUAACGGUUUACAAGAGGCUUACAACAAUGCACCGCAAAAUGGUGUACGAAUGCGUCCUCCGUCGCUACUCUUCAAUGGUCCGAUUCCUCAACUUUUGCAAGACAGUUCUUGUGUGAACACGCCGUCAUCUCCCAGAUCGGUUCCUCCACCGCCAGCUCUUUAUCCACAGGUUGGAGGCGUCUGCAACCAGACGUAUCAUCUAACUCAGGUGAUCAUGAAUGAAAAUGUUGCUGAGCUGGAUAGCUUCAAUACAUCUCAAGUUGAGGAUGUCAAUAUGGAGGACACUGUGAAUGGAAAUGGCAUUAAGGUCGAGAUAAAAAGUCCUGAUCGUUUCGAUAGAAGAACGUUGACUCCAUUCAGUGACCCAGAAUGCAAGUUUGGAGAUGUAUCAUCCCCAUCAGCUGAAUUCCUCAGUUCGCCUAUGGCCAUGCUUCCACCUGGAGGAGUCCUACCAGCACCUCCAGUUGGACCAAACAUUUCUGAUCCUUAUUGUGAUAUUGAUGUGAAGAUAGCAGAUCUCGGAAACGCUUGUUGGGUGAAUCAUCAUUACACGGACGACAUUCAAACUCGUCAGUAUCGAGCACUGGAAGUGUUGAUUGGAUCUGGUUACGGACCACCAGCUGAUAUCUGGAGUACAGCUUGCAUGGCCUUCGAGUUGGCUACCGGCGAUUACUUAUUUGAACCACAUCAAGGCGACAAUUACUCACGUGACGAGGAUCAUCUCGCUCACAUCUCAGAAUUACUGGGACAAAUUUCUCCAUCAAUCUACAAAAAGGGUAAACAUUGGAGGGAGUUCUUUCACAAAAAUGGAAAUCUACUUCACAUUCACCAGCUGAAACCAUGGUCAUUAUACGAGGUUCUGAGACAAAAAUACGAGUGGUCUCAUGAAGACGCGCAACAAUUCGAGAGUUUCCUACGACCAAUGCUUGAAUUCGACCAGGAGAAAAGAGCAACAGCACGUGAUGCUCUCAAACAUCCAUUCCUGUUACCAUUUGGUGGAAAAGCACCUAAACCAGAUUGUCCUCCAGAGGUUCUGGAACGACUGUAUCCGGAUGGAUCGAUUCCCGAGCCGUUCGACGGAAAUAAUCAUCAGGAAGUUUAUCGUGACGAAAAUGAUAGUAAUUCAGCGAGCGAGAGGAGUGCGAUUAGCAGGUCUGCUGAGAGCGAUGACGAGGAAGAGUUCAACAUGGACCGGCCUGGACCUUCGGGGGUGAUGUCAAACAAUGAGCCGGGCGACGUUUCUGACGUAGAACGCUUUCAGCUGAACCUUCAAUAG